GCUACUGCACCUGCCAGUCACAAGCUGUGGUGUUGAAAGGGGAACUCAUCUUUACGAUUCGUUACAAAUCCACUUGCAGACCAAAGGUAUUAAGUGGCAUGAACGGAAUGAAAAUGAAGAAGUGUUUCGGAAAAACCCACUCAGUUGUCCAGCUUCUCCUCAUUCUUUGGAUGACAUCCCUCAUCCACAUUGCAGUUGGGGAUGUCUUUCCUUGUUCGAGAUCAAAUAUGACGGUGCCAAUAACGAAGGUUUGCGAUGGAUUUUACAACUGCGACAACUACGAGGAUGAAUCAACAUGUCGUUAUUCAGCAACUUAUCUUCCGGACGGCGAAUCACAUCUCAUCUUCUUACCAGACUCCACAAAAAUACGAUUGUAUAACGCAACCUUGCUACAAACAAACGCUACGAGUGGAUUUCGAGUUCAGUUUUAUCAUAUGUUGCUCUUUAAUCAUGAUGAUGAAGUCCUAAUAGGGACAGGCAACGACCCAUCUGACAUACAGUCUGUCAUCACAACUAUCCCUGGAGAUACAUACGACAAUCGUGAUGAUAUCUAUGUACUAGAUACCAAUGAGAUGUGGGUUGCUGUCAUAGGAGGGCGUCAAAACAGUCGUAUCCUUAUGGGUAUUAGUGUUACUGCGAUUGAUUUGCUGAAUUUAUAUCCUUGUCCGGGAUCGAACAUGAGCGUGUCAGUGACGUUGGUUUGCGAUGGAUCUUACAACUGUGACAAUUAUAAGGAUGAAUCAAUAUGUAAUUAUUCAGCAACUUAUCUUCCGGAAGGCGAAUCACAUUUCAUCUCUGUACCAUACAUCAGGGAGAUGAGACAUCGCCCUGCAUACGCCGCUAUCAUUCGAUUGUAUAACGCAACCUUGCUACAAACAAACGCUACCAAAGGAUUUCGAGUUGGGUUUCAAGAUAUGGAGCUCCGUCGGGAUAAUGAUGAACUUCUGAUAGGCACAGGUAACGAUCCGUCUGACUCACAGUCUGUCAUCACAACUUUCCAUGGAUAUCCACCCUACCUUCCUGAUGAUAUCUAUGUAGAUACCAAUGAGAUGUGGUUUGCUGCCAUAGGAGGGUGGCCAGACAGUCUUAUCCGUAUGGGUAUUAGUGUUACUGCCAUUGAUUUGCUGAAUUUAUAUCCUUGUCCGGGAUCGAACAUGAGCGUGUCAGUGACGUUGGUUUGUGAUGGAUUUUACAAUUGUGACAAUUAUAAGGAUGAAUCAUCAUGUAAUUAUUCAGCAACAUAUCUUGAGGAAGGCGAAUCACAUUUCAUCUCCUUUUCACGAACCACCGCAGUACGAUUGUAUAACGCAAGCAUUCUACAAACAAACGCAUCAAAUGGAUUUCGAGUUGUGUUUCAAUAUGAUGAUGGCGAUCAUGAUUUUGGAGUCCAAAUAGGAACAGGUUACGAUCCGUCUGACAUACAGUCUGUUAUCAAAACUAUCGAUAGAGACAUUUACCAUAGUCCAGAUGAUGUCUAUGUAGAUUCCGAUGUGAUGUGGUUAGCUGUCAUAGGAGGGACGAGAUACUCCAAGCUUGAAAUGAACGUUACAAUCAUUUCCAUUGACCUAUCAACCUUAUUUGCAUGUUCAAGCUCCAACAUGAGCGUGUCACCGACUGUCAUUUGCGAUGGAUAUUACCAAUGCGAUCAUUACGAGGAUGAAUCAGCAUGCAAUUUUUCAUCAACAUAUCUGGAGGAGGACGAAUCAUAUUUCAUUAAUAAAACGUCCUUCCCCACCAGCCGGCUGUACAAUGCAAUCUUGCUACAAACAAACGCUAUGCUGGGAUUUCGAGUUGUUUUCCGAGAUUGGUAUAACCAUCAUAAUGAUAAAGUCCAAAUAGGGAUAGGUAACGACCCGUCUGACCUGCAGUCUGUCAUCGCAAAUAUCUACGGAUAUAGGGAUGACGGUGGUGCUUUCUAUUUAGAUACCAAUGAGAUGUGGUUUGCUGUUAUAGGGUCGAAGGCUUACACCAGGCCUAGAACUACAACAAUUGAUGUUGAGUUCAUUUCCAUCAACCUAUCAGCUAGCUGGCGGUUGGGUUGAGAACUACUAUCAACGAUGUACAGUUUAUGAAAGAAAGGAGAAGGAGGAAGAGGGGAAGAAGAACGAGAAGAAAAGAAGAGAAACUGUCAUGAUUUUAUUACUUGCUUAGUAAUGACCGGGGCAAUAGCAUAUUUGUAAAGCGCUUAGAGACGUCGUAGAUGUUUUUAGCGCUUAAUAAAAGUGGAAUAUUAUUAUUAUUAUUAUUAAUGUAGGGGUGAUGUGACGAGGUUCAUAAACAGGUUACAUAGGUUUAUAUAUACCGAUAUUAUAUAUAUUCUAUCAACUUCGUAGAUCAAAUAUUCAUUUCGAACAUUUUUGGAGUACAUGACUUGUAAUGUUAAUGAUUUUGCUUUGACGCUUUCCUAAUCUCAUUUCAAUGUUAGCCGGGAGCAGGCAUGCGUAUAAUAGGAUCGAGUAUAGGUAUUAAGAAUGUAUUGAGACGGUAUGUAUAAUAUGUAAACCGAUAUAUGUAAAUUAUAUCAAUUGAUAUAUUCCGUCUUCACAUAUUUGGGCAGCCAGGUGAAUGUUAUUUGUUAUCAUCUUUAUUAUAUUUCAAUGACGAAAUUAUAUCUGUACAAGUUGUAUGUACCUUAUCGAAGUAUAUAUGUUUUAGAUUAGAAGAUUUUGUUUGGGGAUACUUUGUGGUGUAUAAUAUACUCAGAGAAGAGGUCUUUUCAUUUUUGAAAAAGUAUUAUGAUGAUGCUAAUGGUACGAUGAUUUAUUUUCAAUUUAUUUUAGUCAUUUUUAGCUAUGACAUGGUAUAUAGCCUAGGCCUAUAUAUUCAUAAUGUGAAAGGAAUUAGAUAAUGAUAUUUGUGUAGCUUGAAGCAAAGUUCCCCAUUGCUGUGUUCUCUUUUAAAAUGUCUUUGCAAAGGUUGAACAAAAAUUGUCUCCGUCUGGAAUCGAUCCGUGUUACUGGCUGAGAAUUCCAGUGCCUUAACCACUAGACCCCAGAGACGGGCCAGUGGCUUUGGCGACACCAGAUUUAAUUGACCGACAGAUUUGGAAAAUCAUAUGGGAAAUGUAUUUACUCCUUUGGUGGUAAACGAAAAAUAAGUGAAUAAGAUAUAAUGUAAAAACUGUAGGAGAUACAAAAUGUAUUAUUUUUUCUUACUUUAAACCUUUGUCAAUUAACAAAAAAAUACAUGCAGUUCUUGAAGUUACCUUGUUGUUCCAUGAGUAUAUAGUGUUAUGUGCUUCUUAAUCUAAUAUCAUUCUUAAUCAACAUUGAUAUCACCAUAUUUUACUCAGAAAAAUGUACUUUAUUGUAGAUUAUUCUUCUUAUAUUUGUUACCAAUUUUGUUUAAGCAUAAAAUUCACUGUUCAUGGUGUCCCUGAAAAAGGAGACCCAAGUUUAUCGUUAAAGUAUACUCAAUAAUCAUGAAUGUGCAUAUAACAGAAAAGCUAAUAAAUACAUUUGUAAGUUACCUUCAUAUAUACAGCGCUCAAGGUUAAUUGUCUUUAAACUCUUUACAUGUUUAACUUACACUAAUCAAUGAGGAAGUCUUAUGUAAUAAACACU